AUGGGUCCAUCUGCAGCAGGCAUUACAGGAACAGGAGAAGCAGGCAUCAGGGGACAAGAAAUACAAGCUGUGCUCUUCGACUGUUCCGGACACGAAGCAAGAGCAGUGACCGUAAAUGACACUAUAGAACCAAGGGAACAGCAAGUGGGCAGCCCAGAGUAUCGGAAGCACAGCUGCAAGCCCUUGGUCCUGCAGUUGCUCUCAAACUUCCUGUUCUUGGCUGGGCUUCUGCUGAUCAUUCUUGCCCUUGAUGAGUCACAAUUCUCAAAGGUCCCCAGCUCCCAGAGUCAGGACAAAAUCUACCAGGAGCUCACGCAGCUGAAGACUGAAGUACACGAUGGCUUGUGUCAACCCUGCCAAAGGGACUGUGUGUUUUUCCAUGGAAACUGUUAUGUCUUCCCCAAGUCCCAGUGAAGCUGGCACAACUCCAUCACUGCCUGCCAGGAAGUAGGGGUCCAAAUGGUCAUCAUAGAGAUGACGGGGAGCAGGUCCACUGGUGGGGCACCACCCUUGUCUGGAACACACAUCUGGCUGUGGUCACCUGAGAUUGAGUGUUGGAAUAAAGGGGAUCCCAACAAUGUCGAGGAUGAAGAUGGCACAGAGAUCUCUAGGGAUGGCUGGAACGAUCUCAAAUGUGAUGCCCUAAAUUUCUGGAUCUAUAAGAAAGCUUUAACUUCAUCAUGCACCACCAAACGAAAGCCAGUUCAUCUCAGCCUCUGCAUCCCAAAUCCCAGUAUCAGGAGGAUGAACUUGACUCGUGUUCGUGUCCCUUCUCCUCGUUUGUUGGCCUUGAGGUGUUAA